ACCCAGCCCAGAGCUCUGAGUGGUUUCCUGUUGCCAGGCUCUAAACCCCUCCACAUUCCUGCAGACCUUCAGACUGUCCGGAGUGCACCGCCUGCCUGCUGCCUGCCUGCCACUGAGGGUUCCCAGCACCAUGAGGGCCUGGAUUUUCUUCCUCCUUUGCCUGGCCGGGAGGGCCUUGGCAGCCCCUCAACAGGAAGCCCUGCCCGAUGAGACGGAGGUGGUGGAGGAAACCGUGGCUGAGGUGGCCGAGGCACCUGUGGGAGCCAACCCCGUCCAGGUAGAAGUAGGAGAAUUUGAUGACGGCACCGAGGAAGCCGAGGAGGAGGUGGCGGCUGAAAACCCCUGCCAGAACCACCACUGCAAACACGGCAAGGUGUGCGAGCUGGACGAGAACAACGCCCCCAUGUGUGUGUGCCAGGACCCCACCAGCUGCCCUGCCCCCAUCGGCGAGUUUGAGAAGGUGUGCAGCAAUGAUAACAAGACCUUCGACUCUUCCUGCCACUUCUUCGCCACCAAGUGCACACUGGAGGGCACCAAGAAGGGCCACAAACUUCACCUGGACUACAUCGGGCCUUGCAAGUACAUUCCCCCCUGCCUGGACUCCGAGCUGACGGAAUUCCCCCUGCGCAUGCGGGACUGGCUCAAGAACGUCCUGGUCACACUGUACGAGAGGGACGAGGACAACAACCUGCUGACCGAGAAGCAGAAGCUGCGAGUGAAGAAAAUCCACGAGAAUGAGAAGCGCCUGGAGGCCGGAGACCACCCCGUGGAGCUGCUGGCGCGGGACUUCGAGAAGAACUACAACAUGUACAUCUUCCCUGUGCACUGGCAGUUCGGCCAGCUGGACCAGCACCCCAUUGAUGGGUACCUGUCCCACACCGAACUGGCCCCACUGCGUGCACCCCUCAUCCCCAUGGAGCACUGCACCACCCGCUUUUUUGAGACCUGUGACCUGGACAAUGACAAGUACAUCGCCCUGGAUGAGUGGGCCGGCUGCUUCGGCAUCAAGGAGAAGGACAUCGACAAGGACCUCGUGAUCUAAACCCACACCUCCUCCUGCAGAACCAGAUUCUCUCUCUUUAACCUUCCCCCUCCUGUUUUCCCCAAUGUUUAAAAUGUUUGGAUGGUUUGUUGUUCUGCCUGGGGACAAGGUGCUAAUAUAGAUUUCAACGAACACAUUAACGGUGCUAAACAUGGAAAUUUUAACCCAAGUCAUGACAUCCUUGUUACUCCUCAGCUAUCACGGCCUCUUGCUCACCCACUAACAGUCCCAUUUUUCUCUUGCCAUUUGCAGCUCUGCCCAUUGUCUUAGGGGCACAUGGGUGGAUGCUUCCAUCUGCUCAAGUCUGCCUUCAACACAUGUUGCAUCUUCAGAUUUUCUACUUUUCUCUUUGAAACUAAUACUCGCAGAGUCAGGCUUUGUGUUAAUUUUAUUUUAGGGUAUUGGCUGCCAGGGGGGUCACCCCUACGUGGCCAGAAGGUGGGCAAAGGGAAGUAACAGACACGUGACGUUGGCAAGGAUGUUUCCAGGGCUAGAGGAUCAGUGGUGGGGGAGCCCUGCACAACCCACCAGCCAGAACUGCAGAUAACUAAUCUCAUUUGCCUGGGGCUGUGUUAUGGAAACAUAUAAGCUCUCACAAAAACCCGCCUCCUCGCCGUUUCCCCCUCCCCUUUCAGUGGCAUUUCUUUUCACAGUAGGCUGUUUGUUCAAACUUUGGGGAGCCUCUGGAAUCCACCUCACCUCUGGGGGGUGGACCCCCACAUCCUACAGGGCUACUCCCCCACAGAUGUCUCUCGGAGUUGCAGGACUGGGAGGCUGCUUCAGCCAGGAAAGCCAAAAUCAAGAGUGAGGCGCAGAAAGUGGCACAAUAGAAAAAGUGCAGUUGGUGAAUUGGUUUUGUUUUUUUCGUUUGUUUGUUUUUUUCUCUUUUUUUCACAUUUGGAUGGCUGUCAUGAGGGAGCUUUCCUUUGGUUUCUAGCAUGUUCCUCCCCCCCCCCUUUUCCUUCUGUUAAUCAAGAGAAACUUCAAAGUCAUUGGGAUGGUCGGAUCUCACAGGCUGAGAACUCGUUCACCUCCAAGCAUUUCAUGAAAAAGCUGCUUCUUAUUAAUCAUGCAAACUCUCGCCAUGACGCGAGGAGUUUGACAAAUCUUUCAAAAUAAAAAGUACUUACUGACUUAGAAA